UUAGUAAAUUCGAAGGUAAUUAAAACUUAUUUUUACACAAAAUAUUCAGUCAACAUAAUCAUGACACAUCAGUUAACAAAUGAUCAUCAAAUGAUAAGAGAAUGAAUAUUAAGUAAUAAUCAACAUGAAUUUACUUUUUCCCAACUAAGUACUGAAUAUUAUCUUUCUACUAUGGGAAAGAGUUAUAUCUGGAUUUGAAAUGCCAUAAAACAACAGAUUACACAAAAUUAGUAUUAAAAUGAGCUUAAUUGUCAACUACAUAAGAUUUUCUACAGUUACUUUUGCUAACGUACUAUUUUCGUUAUUUCUUUUUUGUUGUUGAAAAUCUCCAGGUGAUAACGAAUUUGUGCAAAUCACAACAAAAUCAUGUUUGAAAAAAUGGCUAAAUAUUUUAGUGAUAAUGGUCAAAUCUGUCGAAUUUAUACUAUUCCUCAUUUGUACUCCGAUGGAAAACCUCUGAAUUCAUUUUUCAAUUUUUGUAGAGCUGAUGAAUUACCAAAUAUUUUAAUACAACCACUUACUAUUGAACACGAAAGAUUGAAUGAAACAUGGUUACAAACUCCAUGUAAAUUAUGUGAAAAAUUCAAAUGGUCAGGUGAACGAUAUACUUGUUUAUUUUGUCCAAAUAUAGUCUUAUGCAGAGAAUGCUUUUAUACAGGUUAUCAUAAAGAACAUCCUCUUUUAUGUACUCGUAAUAAUAAAUUAUUUUCACAGAAAUUAUUACAAUGUUCACGUUUAGCUGUAGCAUCAGUACCAUGGAGGAAUACAUUACCAAAAGUUAACAGAGAUCCGGAAACUGAUGAUAGAAUAAGACAAUCAAUUAGUAUGAUACGAAAUAAAGAGAAUAAUUAUUUCAAUCAAAAAGAUGAAGUUUCAAAGAGUGAAAAACAAAACAAACGAAUAACAUUGUUUAAGAAAUCAGCUUAA